CUGUUGGACCGCUUCUGUUCUAAUCCUUAAAACAAAAUCAAAGGUGAUGGAUUUCAACCAAGAGAAUUUGUUCGGGCAAAUAGAAGAUUUGCAGGAACUUAGUUUCAUUGAAAGACCAGUGCGUAGAUACCUGAAGACUCCAGAAGAGAUAGAAAGAUUGACAGUUGAUGAAGAGCUCAAUGAUAUUGAAAGAGCUGUCUACCUUCUCAGUUCUGGUCAAGAUGUGCAGCGAACCAGUGUUGUUGUUAAUCUACCAAACCUGAUGCGACAGAAUACUUCAGAGACAAUUCGAAGGGUGGUGCCAAAAAUUAGAGAGGUACUGCAUGUUGCGGGGGUGGAGAUGCAGUUAGCUGCUGCAGUUUCUUUCCUUACCAUCUUGCAAGAAGAGUUAGUUUCCAUUGCAGCUUAUAUCCAUUCCUUUCUCCCAAUCAUAUUGGCAAACCUGGAUCACAGAGACACAGUGGUCAGCAAUGCUUGGUUGGAGACCCUCCUGACUGUAAUCAAUGCUUUACCAAAGGAAACCAUCAGACAAGAGAUUUUGUCCCCACUGGUUUCAAAGGCUCAAUUAUCACAGACAAUCCAGUCACGUUUAGCUAGCUGCAAGAUUCUGGGAAAAGUUGCCAGGAAAUUUGAAUCUCAUAUAAUAAAAAGAGAUAUUCUGCCUCUAGUGAAAUCACUUUGCCAGGAUGUAGAAUAUGAAGUUCGCUCCUGUAUGUGUCGUCAGCUGGAAUUUAUAGCACAAGGAAUUGGGGUUGAGCAGACAAAAAGUGCAAUACUUCCUGAAUUAGUGGAGUUGGCUAAAGAUGAAGGGAGCAGUGUACGCAUUGCUGCAUUUGACACCAUUGUUAAUCUGCUUGUGAUUUUUGACAGCGAUGACCGUACCCAAAUUAUAUUUCCCUUGGUGAUGAUGUUCUGUGAAAAAUCAUUCAAAGCAGAUGAGACUAUCCUUGCACCAUUGUCACACCAACUAGGAAAACUCUGUCAUGGUCUCUCAGGGAAUUUAACUGAUGAACAACAUUUGUGGUUUUUGGAUUUCUACAAGAAAUUUAGUACAUUAGGCCUACAACAUGAAAACGGUCAAAGUGAUCACACAACUCAAUUCUAUGCAGCAGAUAUGGAUGCAAAGUAUGUGUCUGUCAGACAGAAUUGUGCCUAUAACUUGCCAGCCAUGAUACUUUUUGUGGAUCCAAAAUGUUUCUACUCUGAACUUUAUCCCACUUUUUCAACCCUCUGUCAUGAUCCUGAAACUCUUGUCCGACGUACUGUUGCUACUGGCUUCCAUGAAGUCAUUAAGCUGCUAGGCUCCAGUGUUCACAUAGUUCACAAAGAACUGAUUGCGCUUUUACAAGAUGAAUCAUUAGAGGUAUUGGAUGCACUUCUUGAUCAUCUUCCAGAAAUUCUGAGAUUUGUCAUUACAGGAGGAGACCAUGUGGGGUCAGAGAGUAAGGUACAUGUUCCUGAUCUGAUCCCAGCUCUCUCAGUGGCUGAACAGAGAGCUGCCACUUCUUUAAAAUGGAGAAUACAUGAGAAAUUGUUAUUGACGUUUUCCUGUCUGCCGCAAGUCAUUUCAAGUGAUCAGAUAUACUACAAGUUUUUGCCUAUGAUGUUUAGAAUAAUGACGACAAAUAAUGUCCUCCCAGUCCAAAGAGCCUCAGCCAGAACCCUCUGUGUAUUUGUUCGGUACAAUCGCAAACAGGAGCAAAGGCAGGAAAUAUGCAGUAAGCUCAUUGCACAACUUGGUCAAGGAAGAAGUUGCUGGAACAGACUAAGAUUUCUUGACACUUGUGAAUGUAUCAUGGAUCUGUUUUCAAAAGCCUUCUUCUGUAAAUACUUUUUCCUGCCUGUACUUGAACUUUCAAAUGAUCCUGUUCCAAAUGUAAGGAUUAAAUUCUGUUACAUGCUGCCAAAAUUGAAGUCUGCAUUGAAACUGCCUGCUGACAAAUACCUACUUCAACAACUAGAGCUUUGUGUUAGGAAAUUACUGUGUCAGGAAAAGGACAAAGAUGUCACAGCGAUAGUGAGAAUUAUUACUUUGGAAUUAGAUCGAAUGGAAAUGAGCAUGGAAUCUUUUCCCAAAAGGUUGCAAGAAAAAGACUUGCUAGAUCACAAAAAGGAAAAAGAAGAAAAUUUGCUUCUAGAAAUGGAAGACAUGGAAAAACGGGGGGAAAGCAAGUCAAUGAAUGAAAAGAAAUUACUUUCAUCUUUUAACAAAGAUGGGAAGAGGAGGACUAAAUUAGGUCGUAGCCGUUCACUUGGUGGUCGAGUGUGUCCUCCAAAGAUCGCCACUGAUAAAUCUGCAAUGUAA